AUACUACUAAUAUCUUAAAUCUUAAUCUUAACAGAUCAGUAAACACUAAACACCGCCACUUACUGUGUUUAAUACUUUUAUUUCAAUAAUUUGCAUGACAAAUAAGAUCUUCUUUGCCAAAUUGUCAUGAUAAUUUGUGUUUUAUCUCUCACAGAAUAGUAUAUAAUGUACCUGUAGUAAUUACUGAUAAACAACGAUUUCUAGGACUUGACAGUUGACUCUCUAAGCAUUGAGUUCGAUAUUGAAAUACUUAAACAUUUAAAUUAUAAUACUAAGAAUUAUACCUCGUUUUUCUAUUUAAUUUUUAAAACCGGAUUUUGAUAUUGAUAAAUCAUUAAUUAUGUUUGAUGAAAAUACAACAAUGGAAUACUUAUUUCAAGUAGAAAGACAAGCUGAAAAAAUACUUCUUUAUAAAAGUGAAAUGGUUGCCUUGGAUAAAAGUAGAAAUAGUAAUCGCAUGGCCAUUAGAGCAUUAACAAACUGUAAAAUACCAGAAGACAAGAUAUGGAUGGCAGUGGGUUUAACCAUGGUAAAAGUUUCUGUUGAAAAAGCUAAAACUAUGCUACAAGCAGAUCAAGUUACUUUAAAUAAUCGUAUGAACAUUCUUCGAAGCGACAUUAAAGUUGAAGUGAAUAAAUUAAAUGAUAUGGAAUAUAAAGAACCAGUGAAAGGGUUAUUUUUAAAUCCACUUACAAAGAAAGAAAUGAAAGCAAUGAAUCAAGUACUCGGAAUAGCUGAUUAAACCUAAGUGUCUUAUUAACAAUAUAUUAAUUUAAAUGAAAAUAUAAUUAUUUACUUAGAAUAUUAUACAUUUA